AGUGCUAAUACUGCAUUACUCGUGUGUUCUUGUGUAGUUAUUCAGUAAUGAUGGAACAGUAUUCUGUUCUUGUUGGGUUAUUGGGUAAUCUAGUGGAUUUUGGUUGUUUUUGACACAUGAUUCAAGAGCAGUCAAUUUUUCAAGGACUUUUAACUGGUUGGGAUUAUUCAGAGGGUCAGUUUGAUGUGUAUAGAGCUUCUCAAAAUAAUCUUUCCAAAUCUGACCAUCUUGAAUGGCUAGUUCUUGUGGCUUUGUAUUGUUGAGACUGUUCCAAGUGCUCCAGAACUGACCCUGAUCAAUUGUGUUUUCCAUCUUCUGAAGUGUGUUGUUAUAAUAAUCCAAUUUCUUCUGUCUCAGUGUGUGUUUGUAUUGUUUCAGAAGUUCUGAGUGCUUUAAGCGUAAUUCUGAGUUGACUGGAUCUUUGUGUUUUUGAUUUGAAAUUAAUCGUAGUUCUUGUCUUAUUGUUUUACAGUCAUGGUCAAACCACUUCUCAGAAGGUUUUUGUUUAGCUCUAUUUUUGUGUUUAUAUGUGGUAGUUUUAUUUAAAUGAGCCUUUUUUGCUAUAUUUUCAAAAAUGUCAUUAAUCUCUCUCUCUCUCUCUCUCUCUCUCUCUCUCUCUCUCUCUCUCUCUCUCUCUCUCUCUCUCUCUCUCUCUCUCUCUCUCUCUCUCUCGCUCUCGCUCUCUCUCUCUCCCUCCGUGCGCUAUCAGUCUCUUGUGAACUGAGUGGCAGGAGCUGUUGAGUUUCAGAGGGGAUCCAGACAUCAUCCAGUGUGUGUGUUUGUGUGUAUGAGUGUGUCAUGAGUGUGUGGCCCCUGCUGCUGGUCUGUGUGCCGCUGUGUAUCUUCACACGGGCGCUGGAGAGGAUCGAGCUCCGCGCGGAUCAUGCGCUCACCUGUGGACAGGGUAUCAUUCACUGUGAAGUAAAAUCUGGUGGCCCUACUUGCAUUCAGGAUGACGAGCAUGUCUAUGUGAGCAGUCUAGACGCCUACAUUGUGCAGUGCCGAAAGCAGCAGACCUGGAGCUUGUGCCUGAAAGUCCUGGUGAACGUCACAGUCACAGAUCGACCUGUGGCAAGUGAUGGCAGUGGUGAUGAAGGGGCAGAGGAGAUGCAUGGAGGCGCUCAUCAAGACGACCUUGACAACAUGACAUCUGCCGUCGCUGUUUGUGUGUGUUACGCGUACUCUUCACAGCGCCACUCCAGCACGCUCCGCUUCACAGUCACUUCUUCAGCGUUUGAUGACAGCACUACACUGCAGGUUUGGAUGUCUUUUGUGGUGGACUUACCGAAGGCAGAACUCGGCAAUUCUGUCCUAGUGCAUUCUUCAUACAAAGCCGCCCAAAAACAUGUCCGUCUUCCUCCAAUAGAGGAAGUGUGUUCCAAGGGUUUGGAUGCCAUCUUCUGUAAAGUAGCACCCAAGCUGCACAAGAAAACUGACAAUGUGACAGGAGCAAUGAUACUGUAUGUGGCCAAUGCAGAUCAAGAGAGAUUUCAGGAGUUUAACGCGUGCCAGAAGCGGGACAGGAAGGGACCCUGUGUUAAGGUGGAAUGGGAAAAUGCCAGCCACGAGUUCAAGAUUUCACUCAGCUCUGUCGCCCCCUGUCUGUGCUUUGAGAUUUGGGGACAAUUUCUCCGAAGAGAGUAUUGCCCAUUUUUGAACGAAACAGCGGUCUCAGGCUCCAGCGUGUCCGUGUCUUUGGCAGAGAAUAAAACUCGUCACAAGCAGCCAGCUCUGGUCUGGAGCCUCAGCGCCCCCUGCAGACUGGAGGCUCAGCUGUGGUUGUGUAGGAAGGACUCAGGACUGGACAGCAGCUGCCAUGCGGUCAGCGGCAGAUCUCUGGUCCACACCCGGCUGAACGACAGCUGGAAGGAGACCAACAACAGACACUGGCAGUUGGAAGGAGAGUUUUUACAAGUGGAUCGCCAUCCUUCAUUGUGUGUGCAGGUUAAAGUGGCAGGAAUGGAUGGUUACCUGGGACCAGUAUGUCCUUUUGAAGUGGAGAGGGCUCGCUGGAGCGUCCUGCUGGUGCUGUGUGCGCUGCUAGUGUGCCUGUCAGUGCUGGCUGCCUAUGAAGUGCAGGGGACACUGAAGAGCUGUGUGUUCAGAUGGCUGAAGGUGGACGAUGUGAACGCCGCCGCAGGGGGCGUGGAGGUGCUGCUGGUGUGUCCUCCCGAUGCCGACUGUGCCGUCGCUGAGCCGGUGUGUCGCCUGUGCUCCAGUCUGUCCGCCAUGGGCUUCAGCGUCUCUCUGGACCUGUGGAGCCGCUCGGAGAUCAGCGCCCUGGGGCCCGUGCCCUGGCUGCACUCCUGUCUGGACCGGGUUCAGCGGCGCGGGGGCAAGGCGGUUCUGGUCAUGACCCCGGCAGCCUGCCAGCGGGCCGAGAAAUGGGGCUGUCGAGUUGCCCAGCAGAACCCGGAAGAAGAAAGGGGUGUCCAGUCGCUGACGUGCUCCGAGGUCUUCGACGCAUCGCUGAGCUGCAUUCUGGCCGACUAUCUGCUGGGUCAAGCCAGAGAGCGGUUCAUCCUGGUCCGGUUUGACGGGCAGAGCCCUGUGACGGCCCUGCCGGAGUUCUUCAGGGAACUGCCUUUGUUCAGCCUGCCUUCUCAAAGUCUGGACUUCAUAAUGGAGCUGAGGCGAGGGGCUGGUAAAGGACAGAGAGUAUCAGAGCACUGGGUGCGAGCGGUGGCGUCCAGAGCAGUGUCACGCUCGCUCCGAGGGCUCCCUCAGGACUCUGUAAAUCCUGGGGCGGAGGAAGCCUGGGAAACUGUCCCGCUACAGCCCUGCUCUCCACACCAAAACAAGCACUGAAGCCUGGGUCUAAACUAGUCUUAGCCAGACCUCUGCUUAAACAGCACCAGGUCAGGAACCAGAAUAAACUGAUAAAAACAUCACCGUAAUCCACCGCACUCCAGUCCAACGCUUAACAUCUGGAGAAGACAAAAGCUGAAACACAUCCAGCAUUCAAGUCCAAGUCCAUAAUAACUCUUCCUUCAGUGAAAAAGUGCAUCUGCUGUUGUCUCUCACAUCAAACCCCAGCCACAUAUUAGUUUAGAGCUGUUCUGGCUUGUAAACGCUGCUUGAUCUGCAGAUUUCUCUCCUGAUUCACACCAGAACACUUUUUCACUGAAGGAAGAGUUAUUAUGGAUUAUGGACUUGGACUUGAAUGCUGGAUGUGUUUCUGCGUUUGUCUUCUCCAGAUGUUAACUGAUGGACUGGAGUGCUGUGGAUUAUUGUGAUGUUUUUAUCAGACUCUCAUUCUGACGGCACCCAUUCACUGCAGAGCAUCCAUUGCUGAGACACUGAUGCAGAGACACAUUUCUACAAACCUGAUGAAGAAACACACUCAUCUUGAUCUCGGAUGAUCUGAGGGUGAACACAUUUUCAGCACAUUUUUAGUGAACUCUUCCCUUAAUGUGUGCACACAUGUAGUGCAGCUCAGCAAAAUUUCACAAGUGAAAUCCAGUCAUUUCAAAAGGAGUCCAUGUGAUCUGGAGUUUUGCAUGUUCAUGUUGAUCAUGUGGAUUCAGCUCUUUCACAGACAGAAAGCUGCUUGGUUUGAAAGUGACUUCUGUGUGAGCUGUGCUUCAUGUAUCACUAUUGACAACAGACAAUGGAGGUUUUACACCCAUGAAAUCUUGUCUAAAUUGCUAAUGUGACACACCGUUAGACAGGAAGACACCGUGUGACCCACGUGCACAUGCUGGAUGGUGUUCAUCUAAAAUAGACUGUGCAGAACAUUUACUGAACAGAACUGCAUAGCCUAAGAGGCGAUUUCAGAAACUGCCCAGGUCUAAAUGAACUCAGAAAUUGAUGUAAAAAUGUAUAUAUGAUAUGUAAACAUAUACCUUAUCUCAAGCUCAGAAUAGAGUCUGCAGGAUGGACCAGAGCUUGUUUUACAUAAGGAACCACCACAGACCAGCUGGACUCCCGCUUUAAAACACGAAGACACACACAACACGACACAAUUCCAAAGACAAAUGAAAAAAGGUCAAGAUUGUGAGAGGAGUCACUUUUUUCCUCUGACUAGUGCACAAUUAAACUGCCAUGCCUUUUGGAGCAAUGAGGAGGCACAAAGCUAGAUCUCUCGUAUAAGAUGUAACUGUAAGCUUUUGAGUCAUGUGUCCGGUUACAUGAAUGAUUUGUCUUUUGUCAAUAUUUUAUUUAAUUUUUUAUACAGUAAGAAGUGUGACAACUAUAGCCCCAGUCUCCUCUAUUGGUUUAAUUGAAUAAUAAUAUUCAACAACUUGA